GCCGCUCAGCCAUUACUACUGUUACACCGCUGAGAAGAACAGCGGACACCAACCACAGCCAAACGAGCCUUAAUUCGACGACCUUCAGGCAACUUCAAGCUUUUAUGUAUUUGGAUUUAACAUUUCUUACCCUUCGCCCUACUACUAUGGUCAUAAUGGAGGUGCCCACCAUCGACUGUGCGUCCCUCCGCGCUUUGUUGGAGGGCGCCGCUCCGGGCUGCCUCGUCCUGGACUGCCGCUCCUUCCUGUCCUUCAACGCGUCCCACAUCGCGGCCUCCACCAACGUUCGCUUUAGCACCAUCGUGCGGAGGAGAGCGAGGGGCGGCCUGGGACUCGAGCACAUCGUCCCCAACGAGGACACCCGCAGCCGGCUGCUGUCCGGGGACUACCACUCGGUGGUGCUGCUGGACGACCGCAGUUGCGACUUAAGCCAGGCCAAGAAAGACGGGACUUUGAUGCUGGCCGUGGGGGCCCUCCACCGGGACCCCUGCGGAGCGAGUGUCUUCAUCCUAAAAGGUGGAUUUGACUUAUUUUCCCAAGAGUACCCAGACAUAUGCACCAAGCCUUCCCCCUCACAGGGGCUCAGUUUGCCCCUGAGCUCCAGCCACCCAAACAGCGCAGACCCAAGCUGCAGCCCGUGUAACACGCCACUCUACGACCAGGGCGGUCCUGUGGAGAUCCUUCCCUUCCUAUACCUCGGUAGCGCCUACCACGCGUCCCGAAAAGACAUGCUGGAAAUGCUGGGGAUCAGCGCUCUCAUCAACGUGUCGGCCAACUGUCCCAACCACUUCGAGGACUCCUUCCUGUACAAGAGCAUCCCCGUGGAGGACAACCACAAAGCAGACAUCAGCUCCUGGUUCAACGAGGCCAUCGAAUUCAUCGAUUCCAUCAGGAAUAAAGGAGGUCGAGUGUUUGUCCACUGCCAAGCCGGCAUCUCCCGCUCGGCCACCAUCUGUCUCGCCUACCUCAUGCGCACCAACCGCGUCAAGCUGGACGAGGCCUUUGAGUUCGUGAAGCAGCGGCGCAGCAUCAUCUCGCCCAACUUCAGCUUCAUGGGCCAGCUCCUGCAGUUCGAGUCGCAGGUCCUGGCCACGUCGUCCUGCUCGUCCGAGGCGGGAAGCCCCGCCAUCCGCGGCGGCAGCAGCACCGUCUUCAACUUCCCGGUGUCCAUCCCGGUGCACUCGUCCGCCAAUCAGCUGUCCUUCCUCCACAGUCCCAUCACUACCUCGCCGAGCUGCUGAUGAAUAGACGGCAGGGACUCGUUUAGAUUUUUCUUUCGGACUACAAUAGUGGUGCUGGUAUCACUGGACUAAGUAUUCAUUCGACUGUGACCUCGUGUCCCGACUUCAUUUCAAGGGGAGACGUGGCAGCUGUACCGCCAAGUAUUGAUGCUAGUGGACGGUAUCUAAGUAUUUCUUGUCUUUCAUGAAGGCAUCUGCUUUUGAUAAUCAUUGUAUUUCAAGUAAGUCAACAAAUCAGCGAUAGAUAACAGUAGUCUCAGGGAUGUUGACCUCCCAAAUGUCUGCUUCCUCAUUAAGGGAUCCAAUAUUGCUGACAAUUAGUUUGAAGAACAAUGAAUGUAUCCCCUCUGUUGAUUGUGAAAGUGUGACAAAAGGCCAAUUUGAAUGCAAAUGUCUGCCUUCGCUCGACGUGACGAUCCUGACUCAAUGGGGAAAGUGACCAUUAAUACCUCAUGUAUCUGUACUGUGUACUGCAAACAUUAGUAGUCAGCAUCGACUUCUAUAUGGCGUAUUUAUUAAACUAAAGUAAUAUAUUUCUUUAGCACAUCUAUUUUUGCAUAUGUAAAUGUUUUUUAUACCAUUCGAAUAAAUCUGCCUUGACUUAGUACCUUAAAAACCCUCUUCAUUUUAUUUUAUUGGAUCUAAAUAUAUGUAUGAAUGUAAGAAUGGUUUGAAUGUUGAAGAGUUUGAAUUUCCAGGAACACCACAAUUUGGUUUGGAACUUAGGAAAGUGUUAGUUUGAAUGUCCAGGAUGAGUUGAAUGUGUUGAUGUUGGAAUGGUUUGAAUAGGUUGAAAAAUGUGGGAAUUGUACAACUUGGAAAAAUGGCCCAUUCAUUUCAAUGGGAACUUUCUGGAAUUUUGGGAAAAGCGGAAUUAUUUUAAAAAAUGAUUAGGAGCAUGAAUGAGCUGAAUUGCUUGGUGUUGAAAUUGUUUAAAUAGGUCAAGAAACAGUUUUUUAAUUGAAAAAUAGUUUUAUGGAAUUUAAGGAAAACUGGGAAUGUUUGUAGUUCCUAAAUCAACUUGGUUUUUUGUCCUGACUAAAAAAAUGUUUGAUGUGGGAAUUGUACAACUUGGAAAAAUGUCCCAUUCAUUUCAAAGGGAACUUUCUGGAAUUUUGGGAAAAGCGGAAUUAUUUAAAAAAAGAUUAGGAGCAUGAAUGUCCUGAAUGAGCUGAAUUGGUUGGUGUUGAAAUAGUCGUUUUUUUAAUUGAAAAAUUGUUUUAUGGAAUUUAAGGAAAACUGGGAAUGUUUCUAGUUCCUAAAUCAACUUGGUUUUUUGUCCUGACUAAAAAAUGUUUUGACAGUGGAACAGUUGAAAUGAGAUU